AUGCAUUCGGCAACUGAUAGUUCAGCGUAUAGCUGCGUUCAAAAAUUAUAUGCUUGCAAGAAGUUACCUAUAAGAAAAAAGGAAGAUUUCAAAAUUCUACCGAACUCGGAGAGGAAGGCUCUUGAUGAUAAAAGAAUAACAUUGAGUUUAUUACUAAAUGAUAAAUACGAUAAUACAGACGUCGAAAGAUUACUAACAGAGCUUAGAACAUUUGAGCACGAAAAUAUUCUCAAGGUCUAUGGCCUUAUGUGCGGAAUGUCCAAAUUUCAUACCACCAAUGGACUUCCGUUUACUCCAUACACACCCCCUCAAUAUUUGAACGAAUACAAUACAAUCGAUAAAACAAAAUUAAAUAUUUAUAGCCUUGGUGUUUUAAUGUGGGAAAUAUCUAGUGAUGGUGUUGAACCAUUUUAUAAAAAAUUUGAUGGUAUAAAAUUGGCAGUUGAAAUAAUUAAUUAUAAAAGACCAAGUUGUUCUGAAAUCCUUGAAGAGUUAAAAAAUAUAUCCUAUGAUCAAAUAUAUGAUAAUAGCAUUGAUGAUUUAUACAUGGAUAUUGAUUUACUAACAAAUACUAAUGAAACUGUGAUAAUUAAAGAUUGUAUUUUGGAUUUCGAUGAUUUUGAAAAUCAAUUGAUGAAAAAAGUACAAUUCGUCGAUCGGUUUGACUUAAAUAAAGGCAGGAUUCGUGAUAGGAAUGAUUUUAUCAUCGGGAAGAAAAAUAUUUUAGAUUACAAUGGAGAAUUAAAAUUAAAUAAAUUAGAUAAUUUUAAUCCAAUUGUAUAUCUCGCAAAAGGAAACUGGAAAAUAUUAAAUGAUUUUGGUGUUCUAUCACAUUCUGACAGUGAAAACCCUUUUUCUGAUGUAGAAAUUAUGAGAAUUAAUAUCCCAAUUUGCAUGGUAGAGCAUUAUUGCGGGUUAAAUAAAGAAUUUGUUCAAGAAAUUGAAGAAGCACUUAAUAUCUUAGAUGCUAAUGAAAAAAGAAAAAAAUUAAGAGAGAAAUUUGAUAAAUAUGGCGAUUAUAUCAUCACAAAAGUCACUAUUGGAGGUGCGAUAAUUAUUGACUGUUCAAAUAUCAAUGUUAAAAGUCUUUUCCGUUUACAAGCGUACUUAAAAUGGGGGAUAGGUUAUGCAAAAGGGGAAAUGCCAUCAAUUUUUGAGGACGAAUCGCUUGAUGGGUUUCCACUUUUCAGGACUUCACCACCAAGAUCUAUGAAAACAGUUAAAGAUCUAUAUUCUUGGUUAAAAGAUUUAUAUGACUAUAAAGAAGCUGAACUUAUAUCAUAUGAAGACUAUAAACCGUCUUAUGAACUAUUAAGUGAUAACUUAAAAAAGCAGAUAGUUGAAUGCUUUUCCUUGCAAUUUAUCAAUAAAACUCUUCCGGUGCUAAUUCCACAACUUCCAUCUGAGGUUGAGCAGAAAGGUUUUUCAGAGUGGUUAUCAUUAUCAAAACCCUCAUUAUUAUUCCAUGCAUAUGAUUGGGUUAAUGAAUUUUCUUUGCGAUAUAAUACGCUUGUACAGAGUUCAGAAUUAGGGCAUAAACAAAAGAUUGCGUUUAAGUUUUUAAAAGAGCCAAAGAUCAUUCCAAUAAAUAAAGUUAGCGUUUUAUUGGCACAACCUCAAACCGAAAAAAUGGCUUAUUUAUUAGAGAAUAAUAUAGCAAUAAAAAAAACGGACCAGCUAAACUUUAGUGAAACUCCUGAUGAUUAUUUUUCGUUAUUAUUCGAUCCUUCAGAAGAUUCUCAACAUUCUAAUAAUCCCCACUUAAAGAAAAUUUUGUGUCAAAUUAAAUUCCCUGUAGCAGAAAUUUCCUUUGAUUUAUCAAGUAUCGUACUUUCAGAAACAUUUUUAGAUGUGGAAGAUAAAUCUUAUGAAAAUUUUCAACCAUAUGAGAGUCUUUCUGAAGUAUUUAAAAAUCAAUAUAGAAAUUUAUUACCAGAAAAUCUCAUUAUUGGUGGGAUUCUAUCAAGAUCGUAUGAACAAGAUCAUAACACUAUAAUAAAUAUUGUCAAUUCGCAGCAAAUUGACUUUGAAGAAAACGAUUUUUGCUUUCAAGAAAAACUUGAAGAUUUUUUAACAAACUUGAGUGAAAAAUAUUAUAUUGAUACUUCAUUAUUUUACAAUAAUGAAAAUGAAGCUAUUAAGCAAAAUCAAAUUGGUUGUUGGUACAAUUCUCUUAGAGAUAACCCUAACAAUUGGAGAAUUAUUUCUUUGGAAGAUUGGAGACAAAUUUAUAAAGUGGAUCUUAAUGAUAAUAAUUACCAUAUUGUUUUUAAUGGAGAAAAUUCACUAACACAGGAUGAUCAAUCUGAAUUAAUAAUUGAAUUUCCAAGACCGCUGCCUGAUAAUAAUUAUCAGAUUUAUGGAAGUGUUAUAAAAAAGAAUAAGUCAUGGGAGAGGGUUCAAGAAGCAAUUGUUGCAUUUGAUCAUACAGAUCAACACAGAUGUGUUGCGCUAAUUCAUAAAGGUGAUAAUAUAAGGUAUGAUAAAGUUUAUACUUCAGAAGGAUAUUGUGCGAAUAAUUACAUUGGCAUAAAAGUUGGAAAGCUUGAAACCAGUGGUAUUCCAACUAAUGUAUAUUUGAAGACUGAAGGAAUAUAUACGGAUUCUGUUCUUGUAACUUCAUUUGUAUCUAAGCAACAGAAGAGCAUUUCACCUUACAACAUUAACAUCAAACGCUGGUCAAGCGAUACCGUUGUAUUAAAAGUAAAAAAGACUAUUGAAAGCAAUUCAAUGCAAACUCUUCAUGAAAAAGUAAUUCUUUAUUGGUGCAUGAUUGAUACAAAUGGAAAAAUAUUAGUAAAUGAUAAUAAAGAAACACGCCCAUGGAAUUUAUAUGGAAAUAUCUUUAAUGAAAAAUCGAGAAAAGUGGUUGAUCCAAUAUAUUAUGGACCAAGUGAACCAUCCAUAACGCUGGAAAAGGCAAAUGAUAUAAUUGAAUUAUAUUGUAAACAAAACAAUGUUAGUCGGAAAACCUUUAUUGGAAAUAAGGGUAAAAAAAGUCCUACAGUGAUAAAAUUCACUGGAUAUGUUAAAACCGCUAAAAAAAUUAAUGAGAAUGAAGCUCAAGAAAUAGCAAGACACUAUGAAGAGUUUGUAAAUUUCGGAGAUCCAAUACAAUUAACUUAUAAAAUCCUUGAAGAAAAACAAAAAUUCGAGAAGCAAUUUAAUUACUAUAUAAAUGGCAAAAAUGGAAUUAUUUUGGGUGGUCUUUUAUAUUUUGAU